AGCCGGGUGACACCGAGUACGGUGGCCGAGGAGGCUAAGUGAGUGCAUGCGUGAAUAACAUGGCAUCGCGUGUUGGGAAGCGCGGCGCGGGGGCAGACGAUGAAUUGCCCCCCCUGCAGGCCGUGCUUAUCGCUGACAGUUUCAACAGGAGGUUUUACCCCAUCACGAAGGAUCGGCCCAGGGCUCUUCUACCAUUGGCAAAUGUCGCUUUGUUGGAUUAUACCUUGGAAUUCCUCGCUGCCACUGGUGUUAAAGAAACAUUUGUGUUUUGCUGCUGGAUGGCAAAUGAGAUAAAAGAGCAUCUGAGGAACUCCAAGUGGUGUCGGACUACAAGCUCGAAUGUAGUGCGAGUGGUGACCUCUGAACUUUACCGCUCUCUUGGAGAUGUCCUCCGAGAUGUGGAUGCUAAGACCUUGGUGCGCUCAGACUUUGUGUUGGUCACAGGGGAUGUGGUUUCCAACAUAAACAUUGAAGCAGCUUUGGAGGAGCACAGGACUCGGCGGAGGCUGGAGAAAAAUAUUUCAGUUAUGACUAUGAUCCUCAAGGAGUCGUCACCAGUGCACCAUACAAGGUGUCAAGAGGAUGAUGUUAUCAUUGCUAUGGAUAGCAAGACCAAAAGAGUGCUUUUGUACCAAAAAAAUCUCGACUCGAAGCGCUACCACUUUCCAACGAGCAUCUUCCAGAGUAAAGCUGAUGAGAUAGAGCUACGUCAUGAUUUGCUAGACUGUCACAUUAGUAUCUGCUCUCCCCAGGUAGCAGAGCUGUUCACAGACAACUUUGACUACCAAACCAGAGAUGACUUUGUUCGUGGCCUCCUUGUUAAUGAAGAGAUCUUAGGAAAUCAGAUCCACCUUCACGUAACUCAGGAAGAGUAUGGUGCCCGCGUGUCUAACCUGUCAAUGUAUGAAGCUGUAACUUCUGACAUCCUUUGCCGUUGGCUGUAUCCUAUAACCCCUGAGACAAACUUUACUGACCAGGAAGACCAGAACUAUACACACUUACGUCAUAAUAUUUAUCGAGGGUCAGAGGUCAGCCGUGGUCAUGGCAGUGUCUUGCAUGAGAAUGUACUAAUUGGGAGCAACACAACAAUUGGGUCAGAAUGCAGCAUCAGUAACACCAGUAUUGGGAAGAACUGCAGAAUUGGUGAUCGAGUGGUUUUGGAAAAUGUGUAUAUUUGGGACAAUGUUUGCAUUGAAGAUGAUGUUAAAAUUAGAAAAUCUGUAGUUUGCAAUAAUGUUGUUGUGAAGAAAAGAGUGAAGAUUAAUGAACACUGCGUCCUGACCUCAAAGGUUGUAAUUGGUCCUGAUUUUGAGCUACUAGAGAACACUGUUAUUUCUCUGCAUCAUCCAGAUGAGGAUGAGGAAGAUGAUGAUGAAUUCAGUGAUGAUGCAGGGACUGGCACAAAGGAAGAGCAAUCAAAGGUCAAAGUGUACAACAGCACAGAAGUUGGAUCAGAGGGUGAAGGUUAUGUGUGGAAGUCUUCAGCAAUCCCUGAUGAAGAGGAGGAGGAAGAAUUACGGAAAAGCCUAUGGGGCCUCAAAAUUUCUAAUGUAGAGGACAGUGAUAGUGAGAGUGGAAAAAGUGUGUGCUCAGAGCAAGUAGACAGCCGUCCCGCUUCACCCCUUCUGGAUGAUAUUAAAGUUUUUCAGAAUGAAGUUUUGGGAACAUUGCAAAGAGGUGUGGAAGAAAAUAUUUCCUGUGAUAAUCUUGUGUUAGAAAUCAACUCCCUCAAAUAUGCCUAUAACAUCUCUCUUGUGGAAGUGAUGCAAAUUUUAUGCAAAGUGGUCCUAGAGUUCCCAUUGCAGCAACUGAAUGGAGUACUUGACGUGAACCCUUACUGUAAUGUUGUACUACCUCUACUAAAAAGAUGGACACCAGUUUUCAAAAACUACAUAAAGCGUGCAUCUGACCACUUGUGCUGCCUUAGUGCAUUGGAAGAAUUCUUUUUGGAUCAUGAACCUCUAUGGGCAGCAACUGCAAAGGUUUUGAUGGGAUUUUACCAGCAGGAUGUGUUGGCAGAAGAGAUGAUUAUCCGUUGGUUUUCAAAAACAGAAAUAACAGAUAAGGGACGGCAGCUACGUAAAAAACAAGCACUUCAGAAGUUUAUACAAUGGUUGGAAGAAGCAGAGGAGGAAUCUUCUGAUGAUGAGUGAUGUGGAGGGUGACUGUACUUCCUACUCAAAUCCUGUAUGUUUUAUUGGCACCACUGAUGGAGAAACCAGAAUGUGAAGAGCUGCUUCCAGAGGAUGGCCAUUUAAAUUUUCUUCAAGGCCUCAUUGUCACAAAAUGCAAAUACAUAAUUUAACCACCAAGGACCGAUCUUUCCACAUAAGCAUAACAACCAUCCGAGUACAAAGCAUCUGCUGGUUUGCAUAGUUUUUUUUUGUACUGCUCGCUGUGUGCUCGUUUUAAAACAUCCCCCCUCUUAAACAUACAAUUUUGUAUUCUCUCUAUCACAUCUCAUUUACAAACAUUUGGUGAGUUGUCUCAGACUCCUCUAUGAUCUUGGAUACAGGUUAAUCUGUCCGGAAUUUGCUAUAUGGCCAAAUGUACCAGUACCAACCUUCACAGGACUAAAAGCUAAAGUGCAGAUAUUUAUUACGGGGAACAAAUAAAGACUAUAUGGAUCUUGA